UACCUAUCGCAAUAAACUAUUGCAUUUUUACUAUUAGCCUGUUGUACAUUUUCUAGACUUAAAAAAAAUCCCCUUUAACAUUGUAAAUCAGUGAAACUUUCAUAUAAAGGUAACCUGCUAGAGAAAUUCAAGACCUCUGGCUUGUAAGUUUAAAAUUCCUUGUUAUAGUACACUAUAGAUCAAAAGUUUCUUAUGUUAUUUGGUUAUUGGUCAUUACAAACUUGAGUCAGUGUACAUAACUUUUUGUACUAUGAUAUACAGAACAGAACACAGCUGUUUGGAAAGAACAAAGCAGAACACAAAACAAGGACUAUUACCACCAGUGAGACAUGAGCCAGGAUCUUUACCAUAGACAGUGACUUUCUGAAAGUGAAAAACUUAACUGUGAACUAAUUUACUAACUUGGAAUGAUUAGAUGAGGUACCUAGGAACUAAAAUUCGUAUCUUGUAGUGUGUGUGAUAUUCACAAUUUUCAACCAUCUGAUUCCAGGUUUUCCAUUCUGACACUCUGCUGCACCUCUUUAGCCUUAAUUCCCUCCCACACUCAGGUUAAGUAUUUCCUAGAACCUUGCAACUGAGAGUGGUGCUUGGACCAGCAGCUUCAGCAACGUCUUCUAGCUAGAAACACAAAACCACAAGUUCUAUUCCAGACCCAUUGAUUCAGAGUUGGCUUCAAGACGAUCCCCUGGUGUUUCAUUUGCACAUUAAAAUUUGAGAUAUUUGGAGCUCCCUUUUGCAACUACUUCUCCACAAGAAGAAAUAGCUCCUUGGAGCGGAAUAUUUCCUCUGUGUUUCUUUGAAAAGUAACCACACCACACCACUGUGGCACCCAACUUUGGCACCAAUGACGACACAAACGGAUCUCCCAAGCCCGUCUGUAGGAGUGGGCACCUCUUGAUGAAAAGGGCUCUAAAACAACGCAUUUUUUGCCUAAUAGUCUAUGGGAAGUGACUUUCAAGACAAGGUCAAUUAUGUAUGUUUUUAUACACGUCACUCUAUCCAGCGGCUUCUACUUGGAGACGCAUAUUAAAAUAAUUACCUGGCAGAAUAUUCUUUACCCUAGCUAAACCCUAAGACCAUUUACUCACUUACUGAUCCAAACAGCCGUGAAUUAGGGAUUUUUGAUGCUGCUGCUACUAUGUGAAGAGCAGAGAUAGACAGACUCCCUCGGAAAGAGCAUGUAGGCCGGGUUCAAACUGCCAAGUCGACGUCACCCUCAGCUGAACAUGGCAUUUGGGCAUAUGUUCCCGACCCUCAUCUCUUUAAAAUUCAUGUCCGGUUUCUCACAGGCGUGUUCCUUUCGUGCAUCUCAAGGGAGCACUGAGGUGGCGGCUGCAGCCAGGUGCGCCGCCUUGCUGAGUCCUGCGGCGCCCGGGGUGCAGCUCUGUGCCGUCUCUCCGCUACCGCCCGGGGCCACGCGGACGCUCUCUCCCCGCGCAGGGGGACCGCUCCAGCUUCCCCACGCGAGCGAAGGGCGAUUUGUUUUUCUUUUCCUUUUGCGCCUGGAGUACUUUCAACAUCUGUUAAACUUGACCCUGCCACAGAGUUUUGUGAUCGUGCACUUCAGAAUAAAAACACACCGGAAUGAAUUUGUCAGUUUAAUGAGAAGCCCUAGAGAGAAAGGACUUUCAUAUCCCAGUAUCCACAGUACCCAGCACUCAGCUUGGCACUCAGUGAGUGCGUCUUGAACUCAUCAGAGUAGAAAUGGCUAAAGAAAUGGACAAAUGAAUGGAUGUAGAAAACAAGGAAAGAAUGGAGACAUCAAGGAAGGAAUGAAGAAAGGCAGGAGCUGCGGAGGGCUGGGAGUGCGCGGCCCCGCCGCCCGGGGGCGGUGUGGAAGGCGUGCGGGCUGCCUGGACCCCUUAGAAGGCGCUUCUCCCCAGCUCUACCUCCGGGCGGACACCCGGGAGGCGGAGCGGGGCGGGAGCCUCCGGCGGGCACCCGCGGCGGAGGCAGGUGCGGCCGUCCCACCUCUAGCCUCAGUUACUGCCGCAUCAUCAUGCCUCACGGCGCGGAGGCACUGGACCUGCCAGUGUGGAACCGAGCCUCAGACCUGUCCUUGGGGCCCCGCCGCAGCAGAAAUGCAAUGGCUCAUCUUGAUUCUGAGGUGAAAGAAGAAUGCCUGAGGGAAGACCUGAAGUUUUACUUCAUGAACCCUUGUGAAAAAUACCGAGCCAGACACCAGAUUCCAUGGAAACUGGGUUUGCAGAUUUUGAAAAUAAUCAUGGUCACCACACAGCUUGUUCGUUUUGGUUUAAGUAACCAGCUGGUGGUUGCUUUCAAAGAAGAAAACACUGUUGCUUUUAAGUACUUGUUUUUGAAAGGAUAUUCUGGCGGAGAUGAAGAUAACUACAGUUGCAGUGUGUAUACGCAAGAGGACGCCUAUGAGAGCAUCUUUUAUGUAAUUAAUCAGUAUCAUCGUCUAAAGAACAUAUCCCUGGGGACCGUAGGUUAUGGAGAAAAUGAAGAGAAUAAAAUUGGCUUAAAAGUCUGUAAGCAGUAUUACAAGAAAGGGACCAUGUUUCCUGCUAAUAAGACACUGAAUAUUGACAGCGACAUUGAAACAGACUGUACUCACUUAGACCUGCAGGCCCUCGCCAGCCCUUGGCACUGGAAGAACACAUCAUUCUUCAGACUGGAAUUUUAUAGGCUCUUACAAGUUGAAAUCUCCUUUCACCUCAAAGGCAUUGACCUCCAGACGAUUCUUUCCCGAGAGUUACCAGACUGUUACAUCUUCCAGAAUACGAUUAUCUUUGACAAUAAGGCUCACAGUGGCAAAAUCAAAAUCUAUUUUGACAGUGAUGCUCACAUUGAAGAAUGUAAAGAGUUGAACAUAUCUGGGUCUGUCCAGAAAAAUGCGCGGUAUGUCCUGGUGUUCGAUGCCUCUGUCAUUGUGAUUUGUGCUGCGUCUCUUGUUCUGUGCACAAGAUCCAUUGUGCUUGCUCUGAGUUUACGAAAGAGAUUCCUAAGUUUCUUCCUGGAGAAGUACAAGCGACGGGUGUGUGAUGCCGACCAAUGGGAGUUCAUCAACGGCUGGUAUGUCCUGGUGAUUAUCAGCGACCUGAUGACAAUAAUCGGAUCCAUAUUGAAAAUGGAAAUUAAAGUCAAGAAUCUCACAAAUUAUGAUCUGUGCAGCAUUUUGCUUGGAACCUCUACUCUUCUUGUCUGGGUUGGAGUUAUCAGAUACCUGGGUUACUUCCAAAAAUAUAAUGUGCUCAUUUUAACAAUGCAAGCCUCACUGCCGAAAGUUCUUCGUUUCUGUGCCUGUGCGGGUAUGAUCUACCUGGGUUACACCUUCUGUGGCUGGAUUGUCUUAGGACCAUAUCACAACAAGUUUGUAGCUCUGAAUACAGUUUCUGAGUGUCUGUUUUCUCUGGUCAACGGUGAUGAUAUGUUUGCGACCUUUGCUCAAAUCCAGCAGAAGAGCAUGAUGGUGUGGCUCUUUAGUCGCCUCUACUUAUAUUCCUUCAUCAGUCUUUUCAUAUAUAUGAUUCUCAGCCUUUUCAUUGCACUUAUUACAGAUUCUUACGAUACCAUUAAGAAAUACCAACAGAAUGGGUUUCCUGAGACGGAUCUUCAGGAGUUCCUGAAGGGAUGUAGUAGCAGAGAAGAGUAUCAGGCAGAGUCCUCGGCCUUCCUGUCCUGCAUCUGCUGCCUGAGGAGGAAAGAAAGUGAUGACCGCUUGAUACAUACUAACUAAAAUUCUUCUGCUAAAGAUAAUCAAGUAUCAGGCCUCCUUAUCCAGUGACAAUGCAGAGGAACCCCAAAUGGUUUGGACCAGCAUGUCCCAAAAUACUGAUAUUUAAUGUGGAGUGGGAAAGAGGACAGACUGUCAGCUGGCUGACCGCAACUGAAGUUCCAAAGUUCCCUUUUUAUAAACUUGGACGAUGAAGCAUAGACCGCAGUCAACUACUGGGCAUUAGUGCAAUAGACCAGUGAUAAUGAAAUUCUCUAUUAGUCUUAAUUUAUGACAUGACAAUAUUUGGUUGGAAAAAAGAAAUCACACUGCAGAGUGGGCAAAACAAUGGUGUUUAAAGCCACACAUUUAAAGAUGUUUUUCAUCAAAUGAGAGUUUGUUUUAAAAAUGAUUCUUGGCUUAGAAGACAUUUGUUAAUUCAUGAUCUGCAUAGAGAUGAAGUUGGUUGCAAUACCAAAUUCGAGAUUCAAGCUAGAGAACUAUUAGGCCAUUUAAAGAUCACAUUUAAAUCAACAAAAAGACCUAUUGCCGUGGACAUUUCUUGGCCUGUUUUCCUGUGGUUUUUUUCCAGCAUGAUAUGAAGCAACCAUUGGCAGAGUCGGGAUGAAUAGGAAACAUCUUGUCGCUUGUGCUAACUGUUGAUUGUACACACAUAGCAUAUGGAAGUAAACUAUGCCAGUGGUCAGUUAUUUGAACAAACAGACUCCACGAGGGUGGGGAUUUACCUGUCUCAAGCAAGGAA